UAAGCCCUGAACGUUGGUAGCAUCAACAAAACACCUUCACUUGUUAACUAUUUUCUUCUUUUCUUUCAUUAUCUACAGGCUUGACUAGCCCAUCAAGUGACUUCGAAUCUUUAUUUCCUCCUUCUUUUCAUCCGCCCACGAGAAGUUUGACCUAUACACAAAAACUUCGGUGGCAACUCGGGAUAUUCGUUGCCUACUGUGCACUCGACCCUCUCAACGACGGAGAUAGAACUCCAGUCAUCGACACAACCGCACACAAGAAUUCCCUUCACACAGAACAUCAUGUUCUCUUCUAUACAGCCCGCGAGGUUAUCGCUCCUCACCCUGUUGGUCGCCUCUUUCGUUUUGUCCGGCGACGGACAUCGCAUCUCUGGGGUCCAAAAGGCCGGGGGACCGGAGGUAGCCGCCAGGAACAAUGUGGUGAAUGUAGUACAUAUUCGACAAGAUUCCUCCGGAAUCCUGGAUGGCUUGAUCCCAAGUUCAGGAACUACCAACACCGCCGACCAAACUUCGUCCGAUUCUACGACAUCUACAACCGAUUCCCAGUCAGAGACAACGACGGAACCUCCAACCACAACCACAUCGGACGAAUCGACGACUACUCCCUCUGAUACUGGAGCGUCGUCGACCCCUUCACAAACCUCCGAUACUCCAUCGUCGAAGACGACGACUGACUCCACCGAGACAACCGACUCGUCUGAGACUACCACAUCAAAGCCCACCACCACCGCUCCUCCCCGCAGCACCAUCACGUCGAAGCGCACGACCGUGAUUGACGUGACAAGCGAUGGAAAGACCUACCAGACCACCUCCGUCGCUACGUCCCUGAUCCCAACCAACACUGCCUCCCCAAUCGACGACACCCCAGAUACCGAGUCUGGCAUGAGCACAAAGACAAAGAACACAGUCAUCGGUGUAGUGGUCGGCGUCGGCGGUGCCAUCUUCCUAGGCCUCAUCUUCAUGGUCUUCUGGAAGUUCUGGGGCCGCAGACGGUCCUCUCGCAGGGCCCAGGAGGACGACGCUCUGAUGAUGACAUCCCCGGGCGAGAAGCCGGAUACUGCCUCCACCUCGAACCCCUUCCAGAGCACGCUCGAGAGCUACCACGCCCCGCAGCGUCCUGUCAAUGCUUCAUCUAACUUUUAGACGCGUGGCGGAGAGAGAGCGGAGGGAUAUUUGCAUGGCGCUGGUGUUUAGAAUGGGCUUGAUUACUUUCCUUUUACCUGGAUCGAGAGCGAGGCCGCGUGACGCCUUCGAAUACGGAGAUUUGUCAGGCUGCGGGUUGCUAGGGGAGCGAGAUCGUUGUAAUACCAUGGCGGGCGAUUUUGCUGCGAGAGAGGAGAGAAAGAAGGAAGGAACUUUGGCCAUUUUGGCUCCAUACUGAUUGGACUUCAUUUUUGUUUUGUUUUAUAACUCAUUGCAGCUUUUGCACGAAAAGCGGGGAUUGGACACGGGGGAAGACACGGGCUACAACAGUCAACGAACGGCGGUUUGUACAAACAGGCAAGCGAGGAUAUAUGGCGCGUCGGGGUCGAGUUCUGGGCCUGAGAGAGAGAGAGAGAGGUAGAUAGAUAGAGAGGAUAUAGGUAGUCGCUGCUUGCUCGGAUUCUCUGCCGGCUUGCUAGUUAGUAAUAUCAGAGACAUGACUACAUUAUUUUACGAG